UCGUUGCCGACAGUUGAUUCACGUGUAAGCAAUAUAACGGUUCGGCUGUGAGUAAAUCAACGAUUUAUCCGUGUCGUAUAAACAAUAACCUCAAAAAUUAGUAAUCAGUAAUCGAAUAGUGAACAAGACUCAUCAUUCAAGACACGUAAUCGCAUUCCGAAUACGAUACGACAGCGUGAACUGACUCUGAAGUAAUUGCAUAAUGUCGCUGAUACCACUGUUGUAUUCCGACUGGUGGGAAAGUCUGGAUAAGCCUCAUCAUCUCUGGGAUCAGGAUUUUGGGACAACAAUAGAUCUAGACAGCUUGCUGGAUGAACCGGAUCCAUUUGCUUCUGAACUUCUGUUAUAUCGACCGCAUAGGCAUAUGAGAAGACGCUAUCAUCCAUUCCCGAAGAAAGCAAGCAAAAGUGGACGAGGUGUAUCCACCGUGCAAGCCGAUAAGGACAAGUUUCAAGUAACCUUAGACGUGUCACAGUAUCUGCCAGAAGAGGUUACCGUCAAACUGGUGGAUCGUAAUGUUGUCGUUGAAGCAAAACACGAGGAGAGAGAGGAUGAACACGGUUGGAUUUCGAGAAAGUUUGUCAGAAAAUACAUUAUACCAUCGCAAUGUGAUGUCGAUCGUGUUGAAUCACAUUUAUCUUCUGAUGGUAUCUUAUCCAUCACUGCACCCAGAAUGAAACCUGCGAAACCUGAAACGACUGAAAAAGUACUCAAGAUACAUUACACAGGAAAACCUGCUUUGGCUAAUUCCGAAGAUCAGGUCAAUGGUACGCCAGAACCACAAAAGGAGCAACAAUCUCAGCAACAACGAGUACAACAGCAGCAGCCACAACAACAAACACAUCAGCGCGGACGAAAAGGAACUCAUAAAAAUGUAUAAAUCGUAUUUAUCACCUAUAUCAUUCUCAGUUAUCACUUUCAUUUAUUAUUAUUACUGUUCUCUUAUUUCUAUAUUGUAACUGUAGUUUGCAUUAUUAAUGUUAAAUAUAAAGUUAAACAACAUUUGCAAUAGCACACCAUUCGCAUUGCGUACAAGUACAAAUGUCAUAACAAUUUUUGUAUGAUGUUUUUUCUUUUUUUAUAAAAAAUAAAUUAUUCUUUAUUUGAUACAAACAA